GAAGUGUGUGUAGUGUAGUGUAGUGUAAUGAAAUGAAAUAAAGGCUAGAAACCGUUAUACUAUACACUAUGUAGAGCUCGCCUGAAGGCAGUAGGCUGUUAUUUGGGUUCAGCCAUGAAGCGAGACUCGAGAUAACGUUUAUUAAUUCACCCCGUGAGUUUGUACUGAAGCUGUUACAGUUUUGUGUUAAGUGUGUGUUACUGAGAGAGUGUACACUACGUCAGAUUCCAUCCUGUAUGUUUGGAGCCAUGGGCAUUUUGCGUGUGCUUUCAUACACUGUUGCGAGAAUCAGCACCUUCAGACCCCAUCAGUUUGCUCUGCUCCUUGCUGCAGCCCUGGCUGUGAUGGCUUUCUACUACUUGGGUUCAGAAAAACAGAACUUCUCCAGCACCACCAAGCGAAUCAAGGAGACGCAGGCGAGUCUCAACUCCAACCGCAACGACGCUGACCUCUCGGUGGACACCAGAAAUGCACAUCACGAGGAGAACCGAGCAGGAAGAUUACAGACCUACCACGCUCUCAUGAUGUUCACUAAGAUUAACACGAGCCAAACGAUGCAGAGCAAGUUUGAGGUGGCCAUGCGCUCCAUGGCAAGAUACGGCCGUUUCCGAGAGGAUGAAAUUCUGCUUCUUCAUUAUGUCUCUGACGGAGGCAGUAAGGAGCUGGCCAUGAGGAUGCUUCCUGAGCUGCUGCGUGAUGCGACGUUUCAGUACGAGGUGGUGUUUCAUGAUGUUAAUGGUCUGACAGAGAAACUCUUCCCUAUUGUGGAGGCCAUGCAGAAGCAUUUCAGUGCAGGCUCUGGGGCCUAUUACAGUGAUGCCAUCUUCUUUCUUUCUGUAGCCAUGCAUCGCAUUAUGCCUACAGAGAUGAAACGUAUCGUGCAGUUGGACUUGGAUCUCAAGUACAGGACUAACAUUCGAGACCUGUUCCAACAGUUCAAGCAGUUCCCUCCUGAAGCGGUGAUCGGAAUCGUCCGAGAGAUGCAGCCAGUGUACAGACACACCUUCUGGCAGUAUCGCAAGGAAAACCCCAAAUCCCGUGUGGGCGAUCCCCCUCCCGAUGGCCUGCCCGGGUUCAACAGCGGUGUGAUGCUGCUGAAUCUGGAGACAAUGCGUCGCUCUGCGCUCUACAACCGCCUCCUUGAGCCUGAACAUGUCGCCCAUCUCACUGAAAAAUAUCACUUCCGGGGCCACCUGGGCGAUCAGGACUUCUUCACCAUGAUCGGCAUGGAGCAUCCAGAGCUCUUCCACCACCUUGACUGUGGCUGGAACCGCCAACUGUGCACCUGGUGGAGGGACCACGGCUAUGGAGAUGUAUUUCAUCUGUACUUCCACUGCGAUGGACCCGUGCACAUUUACCAUGGAAACUGCAACACUCCUAUACCCGCUGACUGAGACCUACAAGGAUUAUUUAUACAGUUUGAACCAUCUGAGAGAAUUCUGCUCAUUUACAUGCAAGGUUCUGUGUUGCUCGACCAACCCGAGUUGAGUAUACAUGCUCAAGCUUUACUUUGAAUAGAUAAUGUUGUAAUAGACUAAGAUAAAUGGCAGGAAAAAAAAGAUUCCGAGAAGAAGAGACUAGGUUAUGCCUUGAUUCAUUGAAACAUGCAUUGCUCUUUUUAUUCAUUUAGCUUUGGAAUGAAUUCCAGCCAAUAGUUGUGUCCCUUGCAUUUCAGCAUAAAUAAUGUAACGUUGCUUUUAAUCUGAACUUGUGGAGACGUCCCAUGCUGUGGUGUCUGAUCUGGCUACAUAUUUUCAAGCUUCAGGUUUUUUUUUGUUUUUUUUUCUUCAAAUGCCAAGGUGAGGAGCAAUCAGUUCUCUUUGAUUGCUGCCCCAUGAUGCAGGUGGAGGUCUGAGUUCACACUGACUUCUCCAUACAGCCGACUUUACCCAGAAAAACUGGAGAGUGCUGGCACUCGCAAUAUCUCUUCACGUUACUGGCACCGAGAACCAGGUUUUGCAUUGCGGUCUUGACCGCAAUAUAAUAGCACCCAACAGUUGUUUUUAGAGCAAAGAGCAGAGUAGAAACCCCACCAGUGCGCUGUUGUUUCAGGGAGGGAUUCAUGAGUGAAGUAGUAAAGCAUGUUGACCUGAUUUUCAGUUAGCAGAAAUCCUGCUAGUCAGCUCCAAGCUUUCUCCUGCUCUGUGCGAGUUCAUGCCUCCUAUUGAAAAUUAGAAUGAAUUAGUGGCAUCACAGGAAAUAAACUGAGCAGACAAGCCAAAAUGUUUUUAACACAUGGCAGAUUGGUGUAUGGCUAGUUUCCCAGAAAAAGCCGUUCUUAGUGAGAUGCACCAGCAUGCGCCAUGGGUGGGAAUUGGGAUUCCAGAUAUUCCAGCAGGAUUUACUUCCGCUCAGUAUGAGGAGCAAGCAUUGUGUUUAGAUAUGCUAGAGUGGCGCUUUCUAAGCAAGGAUGGUUUUGGCAGACUUCCCGCAGAGUCUCAAGUUAUGUAAUAAUCCACACUGGAGUUCUCUUUCAGGUAAACUACUCUUUAGGAGUACAAUAUUUAAAUUUGAUACUGUGUGAUACGGUCAUGUCCUCAAUAUAAUACGUCUUCGAUACAGCAAAAAUAAGUAUUGCCUGAAUAAUAGGUUUCCAUUUGCAGUUCAAAGGAAGAGACCAGAAACUAGCCCAAAAGGUUUGGAAUACAGAGACGCAUUUUAACCCACUUAAUUGUUCCACCCUGUUUCAAAACGUUCGGGGGGGGCGAAUGAAACCGUCAACCAUGUUGUGAUUCUCAGGAUGGCGCUGAAGUCACAAAGGCCUCUGUAACUCAAAUUUCUUUUUGCAUCAUGCUUUCCCCACUAUAUUGUGUGAAUCUGCCAGAGAGAGUGAGAUGUCAGCACAGAUGCAGUGGUAUUAGCACCAGCUAGUGUGCUACUGUAUUACUCUAGGAUGGUUGUAUUAGCUCAUUUAAAAAAAACUGAGAAUUGUGGGCUUGAUUAAGUUUAAAUGUUUAUUACGCUUCAUAUAAUAUUAGGGAUAUUAUAUAACGACUUGACUAGUUUAUUAUGCAGUUUGGUGAACGUAUUAUUCGAUACACAGAUUCGUAUCAAAUGGAGAGCUUCGUAUCAAACGAUACAAUAUGAUGAGGUACAAUACAGGACUCUGAUCAUCAUCAUCUAACCCUAAGUCAUAAGUAUCCAUUCCUGGCUGUUAUAGCCCUGACAGAACAGUUUAUUCAUGAGUUCAUAACCUAAAGUCGAGGGAAGAGGGGGCCACACUUUUUAAAAAAAAUUCUUUCAGCAUUCCAGUAAUCAAAAAGGAUUUUCUAGAUCCAUGUUUUUUUGUAUCAUGUUCAUAAUGACCACUUGUUCAUUUCUUGUUUUUUUUUUUCUCAUAUUGUUUACAAUAUGUUUAUUGUAUUUUGAUUGUAAAGUGAAUAUUAAAAUUCUAAGCUGUUAGCGCUUUGCUCAACGGUA